AUGGCACCAUUGACACCAUACAGCUAUAUUCAAUGCCCAUGCUCCGAUUCUAGCCCGGCAGCUGACAGCUCGGCAGCCAAAGGAGAGCCCGACGAUGAUCGAACUUUUGACCCAAGAGCUGCCCGCGCGAACUACAGUCUCUACCCCCUCGAGUAUCUUAACUACUGCGAAGACUGCCAUCAAAUACGAUGCCCGAGAUGUGUCAACGAAGAGAUAGUCACAUAUUACUGCCCUAAUUGCCUCUUCGAGGUACCCAGCAGCAACCUCAAGAGUGAGGGUAAUAGUCUUCUCGCUGCUGAAGGUGCCGCCCCUCCAGCCGGACCAUACAUUCUCAGUUGCUCCUACUGCCAAUGGAGCUCUGCCGAGAUUGGGAUCAAGUUCGAUAAGCCGAAUGGAAUAUACCAACAGCUCGCCAAGAUCAACAACGGGGGACAGGCACGUCUGACCGCCAAAGAGUACAAGGAACGCAGGAAAGACAAGGAGGCGUGGGCUGAAACGCCACUGAAGAGCGAGGAUGUUGACCAUGAGCUUCACUUCGCGCAACUCAAGACUUUUUACCAAACCCAACUGGCGAAUUCGAAUCCCCAGGCGGCGGGCCUGUCGUCCUUCAGUGACCUGGGCAUUGCGUCUCCAGGGUCUCUCUCACGCAUCAUGAGCAUCUAUACGGGCACACACACCAGCCACAAACAGUCGCGGAGCAAGAUACCCAUCAUGCGCGAGGCGCUUGACCUCGAUGAGGGUCUGAAGGUUGCCAACCUCGACGAUUCAGCCCGUAUCGCGCAGCUGCGCGAGUCCACGGUCGACGACACGCGAUCCAAGCGCUGUCCGCUCUGUCGACACAUUAUCAGCAAGCCCGAGGCCAAGAUCUCCAACACGCGCUUCCGUAUCCGCCUCGUCGCGGGGAGUUACAUCCCCACCAUUUCCAUACGGCCGCUUCACUCCGAAGCUGGUAACAUUCCCUCAGCGAUGCGGCCUCCUGUGCCUCAGGAGCUCUGGCUCGCGCCCCUCAAGCCGGCGCAGUACCUUCUCACGUUCAAGAAUCCCAUUUUUGAGGCGGUCAAGGUGACCCUCGCGACACCGGCGAAAACGCCGGGACGAUUCCCCAGCACUGUGACGGUGCUGUGCCCUCAGUUCGAGAUUGACGCCAACACCGACAUGUGGGACGACGCGCUCAAAGGCGAGGAAAGGCGGCGCAGGGGCGAGGAGGGGGGUGCAGGGCAGCAGCAGCCCGAGCCGGGCAAGAUCUGGGAAAGGGGGCGGAACUGGGUAAGCGUGGUUGUGGAGGUCGUGCCGGCCUCGUUGAGGCUGGAUCUCGUGACGGCGGGUCCAGACGGCGGAGAGCCCGACAGGAACCCACUGAAGGAGGACGAGGAUGUGCUGGAGAUACCCAUGUUUGUGCGGAUUGAGUGGGAGGCUGAGGCGCAGAACGAGGUGGGCGCAGCGCCCGGCAAGGAGAAAGAGGCCAAGGAGAAGCGCGAGUUGGCAUAUUGGUGCGUACUCGGGGUGGGAAGGAUAAGCCAGACAUAGCUCGAGUGUUUGUGCUCUUAUGAUAAACACACAAAUGACAACGAUACCCCCAUCAUAUCACAGUUAUGUUGCCGCAUUCGUCAGAAUUAAAAGGAAGAAAUCAUU